AUGGAGUAUGAGAUGAGUAAAGAAAAUAGUUCCCUUUCAAAGUGUUUGUGCUUUAAAAGGGGUCUUCAUUAUUUUGAAGCUUUCCUUCCUUCUAAGAAGCCAAAAGAACCUUCUUCAUCAAACAAGGAAGACUGCAUAAAUCGGCUUAUCAAUUUAAUUAUUAAUUGUAAAGUGUUUAUUAGAGAUUUAAAUUAUGAUGGAGAAGAAGGCUCUUUGAUUGAUAUAUUCUCUUUUAUGGAGAAAGAUGAGAAGUUGGAGGGGACUUUGAAAAAGAUUUUUGAGUUGUCUAAAAUACAAAGUAAAAAAUUGGAUAAAGCUAUAAAUGAGAAGAUUUAUAGAGAACAUUUGGAAAAUAAAGCUAUGGAGUAUGAAGAAAGAAAAGAAUGCAAAAAUGCAAUUGUGGAAGGUGCUGGCCCAGUUGGUUUGUAUGCUACCUUCAAACUUUUUAUUGGUAAAUCUUUAUUGUUUUAAUAGUUUAAAGAACAACAAAGCGUUAAAAGUUGUCGCAAACCCUUUAUAUUUACAUUUAAAAAGUGGAAAAAUACAUAUAUAAAAAGAGAUCUGAGAGUAGGGAUUAAUAAUUUUUAUAUGAAGUGCAAUGCUUAUUAAGAAUAAUUUAAGUGGUGAUAACAAUCUUUUUCGUUGAUAUUUUUUCACUUUAUUGCCGAU